GCGGAGGUGAGGGCGGCGGGAUGGUGAGGAUGGCGCGGGGCUGCCGAGCAGUGCUGCGGGCAGGGCUGGAUGCCACUGGUGUUCGAAUGCGGCCGUUGUACCACCCUCGUUCGGCUGUGGAGCAGACACAGGGGAGGGAGCAGCUCAGUGCUGUCACUCCUCGUCGCCCUUUGGAUGUUGGGGUUGAGAGGCGGCUGGGCAGCAGGCGAGGGGAGGAAUGCACGCUGCCAUCGCAAGCUGCUGAGGAGCGUCUGCCAGCAUUGCCUGUGCGCAGGGGUGACGUGGGGACACGCAGCCUGAUGGUGACAGCCAGGGUCAGUGUUUACCCUGCGCCGCGGUGGCGGGAGGUGUUGGAGGAUCUGAGAGAUCUGGCAUCUAAACACCCAAACCUGAUGCUGGUGAAGCUGGAUGUUGCAGAUCCCUCAGCGAUUGUCAACGCAGCAAAGAUUGUGGAGGGGAAGCUGAACGGCGCAGGGCUGAACCUGCUGAUAAACAAUGCUGGCAUCUUUACCCCGGUGUCACUGGAGAUGGUGGGCUCUGAAGAGAUGAUACGGGCAUACAAGACCAAUGCGGUGGGACCGCUGCUGAUGGCCCAGGCGUUCCUGCCCCUCUUGAAGAAGGCUGCCCAGGACAGCAAGGAAAAAAGACUGAGUUGCAACAAGGCAGCCAUCAUCAACAUCUCCUCCUUCUUGGGAUCCAUCGGGAGAACUCCUGAGUCCUACUUCAAACCGGUCAUCUCCUACCGCUGCAGCAAGGCUGCCCUCAACAUGCUCACCAGGUGCCAGGCUCUGACCUAUAGUGAGGCUGGGAUCCUGUGCGUGGCACUUCACCCCGGCUGGGUGAAAACUGACAUGGGCACCCAGGAGGCUGACCUGACGGUGGACACGAGUGUGCGGGGGCUGCUGUCAGUGCUGCCCAUUCUCUCUGAGAAGCACAGCGGGAUGCUGCUCAACUGGGAAGGCAAAGCAAUUCCAUGGUGAGCCCUUUGAGGGACCACGCAGUGCCAGGGGUACCCUGAGUCCCCAGGAUGAUCAUCAUGGUGUGGCAUGCAAGUAACCUACCCAGGACUCUGCCACUGGCUGUGCAGGGCAGGCUGUGAUCCCUGCAUCUGAAUGGCUAAUAAACACAAUGGUCAAUUAA